AUGUCUACCACAGUCAGCGACGUGGACGAAGUCCGGUAUCAGCAUCAUUUGAAGCAUCGAGGCUCAGCCAAUCAACGGAUAUUUUGGGGUAUAUGGUCAUGUAUAGCCGUGUUUGUGCUGUUCCGGCUCACCUGGAGGUUAUUGACGUGGUGGAGAUGUAGGUUGUCCCGCGCUCACCAUUUCAUGCCACUAUCCCCGAAGGAAGCGUCACUUUUCAGACGUGGGCUAUCAUUUGUUCAUGCGGUAGCUCUACUGCCAGUUCCACAGGUAACUCGGCGGAUUCUUAUUAUUCUUUCCACAGGGCGGGUCAUCUCGGUACUCCUGUACAUGAGUGUUGUCGUGUCACUACUCCUAUCCGUCGAUGCACCUGCGUCGACUCUCCACUUCGCAGAUGAUGUCGCUUUCAGAGCCGCUUGGAUCACCAUUACACAAGUGCCGCUGGUAUUUUUUCUGUCAACUAAGCGUGGACCUAUCAACAUUCUAGCCGGUAUCCCUUACGACAAGAUCAACUGGCUUCACAAGUGGGUUGGUCGGUUCAUCUUCAUCUCUGCCACUACCCACGUCAUCAUCAUGAAGUCGUCCAUAUCGGUAGUGGACAUUCUGCUUUCGCACAACAAAGGUGUGACCGUUGUGCGUUACGGAAUCGCCUCGUAUUUCCUGCUUAUUUGGACAGCAGUAAGCAGUAUCCUACCUAUACGGAGAUGGAGCUAUCGGGCAUUUUACAUCAAUCACUGGAUCUCGACACUAGCCUUCUUAAUGGUCGUCCUUCAACAUGUACCGAAAUACGCCACAACACCAAUUUACAUGGCUUUCGGAUUUGUUGCACUUGAUAAAAUAUCGAUUUUCGUGUCGAUUCUCUGGAUCAAUGUCUCCGUGCGACCACUCCAACCUCGAUUGGCCAAAUUUCGACGAGCUCCAGGUCGAGCGAGGCUGGUAAAGGGCUAUCCAGUUGAGAUGCUUGAACCACACAAUCUUAGUGCGCCAACCGAUGUCAAGGAGUCAACGACGAUGAUCCGUGUUUGCAAUGUGCCAAUAUCCUGGCGCCCAGGGCAGCAUGUCAGGCUGUACCUUCCAGCACUUGGCGCCUUUGAGGUGCAUCCUUUCACACCAGCAAACUGCUCAAGCAUAGCAGUACCGCCGCCUUUACCACCAAGAGGAAGUCAAGAUAUAGAGAGAAGACGGUCUGCUUCUUCCACAUCAUCGAACCGAUCGAGCGACAUGUCUUUAAUGAUUCGUGCGCAUUCAGGUCUGACUCGACGUCUCAAGGAAUUCCAUACAGAAUGGCUGAGACUUCCUUGCCCGAACGCAACCGUAUCAGCUAUGGCUACCUCACUGACUGCCUACGUGGAUGGACCAUACGGUAAUCCACCAGUCUGGGAGAAUUUUGAGAACCUCGUGCUGAUUGCCACGUCGACCGGCGUCUCAUUUGCGUUAUCCAUCAUGGACUACCUCGAGCAGCUAUGCUUCUCGGACGUAUCGAAAUUGAGGACUCAGCGCAUUCGAUUCAUUUGGAUUGUACGACACAUGGAUCCACAGUUCGAAGCCUCAGUGGCGGAGUUGUUGAGGCGGUACAGUACGAUGAUGCGAGAUUCAGGCGUUCAGAUUGAGACAGACUUCUACGUUACUUGCUCACAAUCCGAAAUCAAAUCAAGCAUGGCCGAGAUCGAUCAAUUCGCGCAUCUGCGUCCACGGCUUUCCAGAUACGGGUCAGGAGAUCGCAUGCUCACCAUACGCAAUCCGGACGAGAUCUACGAUGAGUGGGAAGAAGAAGAACGACAGUGGGCAGAGAUGGAAGCGCUCGAGGAGCUGCAGAUGAAAGAAAUCGACCCAUUUGUGGAUACGUAUGAUGCUAGCUCCAUUUACAGCAAAGACGGAGAUAGAGCUGGCCCUUACGAGGGCGACGGCUAUGCUGCCUCUGAGACGAGCACUCUGCUCGAUGGUGGCAAUGAUGAGCAGAGCGGGCGGCCAAGCAACACCUUCUCGGAAGUCCGGCUAACUUUCGACGAGACGGCAGUGCUCGACGUAACGCGACCGCUCUCUUCUCCUCUGCAGUCGCCAUCACUGCCGCGCCGAAAGCCUUCACAGAAGACGUGUCAAUGUGCGCUUGUGCAAUAUCAGCGCCGAAAGCUUCGAGACCCCGCGAAAUCGUCUUUUGAUAGCACUUCCUACGGAGUACGGCCAGACAUAGCUCGCAUCAUCAGCGGUGUUGUAGAAAGCGAUCAGCAUGACAAGUUGAUGGUCGCAGUUUGCGCGAACAAUUCAGUGUCAAGGCAAGCAAACAAAGCAGUGUCGCAAGCAAAGUUUGCGUUCGCACGUGGGCAAAGAGCGACCGACGUCGAAGUCUUUACCGAGGGAUUUAGCUAA